GGCGGUAAUAAUAAAUUACGCAUUAAUUACCAAAGAUUUUUGAAACUAUUUACAGGAGAAAGAGCAUCACAAAAACUCCACCAAAGCUUUUGCUUUCAAUAGAGACACGCAUAAAGCUACAGCACAGAUAGUGAUAUCUAGAAAGAGGAAAACCCCUCAAACCAAACCCUCUCAGUAGAAAAUCAAAAACCUUCGGGGAGAGAAAUUUAUAGAAAUGGGAUUCACCGGAAAAGCUUGUGAAGAAGAAGAGGAAGAACAGAAUCAUCAUCAUCAGCAAAAGCAGCAUCAAAAUCGGGGUAUGGGAUUCCUCUUCGUCUUCCUCCCAGAAGAUCAACAAGAAGGAAACAGUAGUAGUAAUUACAAGAAAAGAUUCCAACAAUUUGGUCAAUUUAAGCGAACCAAUUCAAGCCAUUUUCUUCUUUCCAGAGCUCAAUCCACCAUUUCGAUUUGUGCCCUUCUCAUCUUUGUUACUCUGCUUUUGUUCACCCUCUCCACUUUUGAACCUUCCUCUGCUAUUACUACUUCCAGAUACCCUUCCCAAUUAAUUCCCAGAAGAAGACAGCUGAUGGGAAAUGGUAAAUUCGAGAAAUUGAAGAAAUUUCCGACUCCUAAGCAUGCGUUGCAGGGGAUGGGAAGCUUGUACAGAAGGGGUACCAAAUCGAUGAAUGAACUGGUUGUAGCCCAUGUUGUGGAGUCGUUAAAUUUGCAUGAAUUGAAAUUGUUUCUCCGGUUGUUUUUUGGGUCUGCUCUGAAUUCAAGAGCGGACCUUUUGUUCAUAUUUGGUUCCAAAUCGGCUCCUUUUGAUAAUGUAAUUCUGGAAGAGAACGACUCGUUCUUGAAGAUGGUUGCUGAAUAUGAGAAAUUGAGCUCAACCCGGAAUUCUACCAAUUCGACCCGGAAUUCAGAGGUUCCCCUGUUCAUGAAACGGAGUAAGAAUGAUAAAGGGAAUGGAGAGCCAAUCUGGGGUGGGAAAGUCCGGAGCUUUAAUUUUUCCGGUGGAGGAAACCAGAGUAAUAAUACAGAGUCGACCCGGUUGAGUUAUGGGUCGGUGGUCGGGUUUGAUGUGGACGAGCUUGACCCGGAGAACUCGUUGGCCGGAUUCCUGGACCAUGUUCCGAUGAGUUUAAGAAGAUGGGCUUGUUACCCGAUGUUGCUCGGCCGACUCAGGCGCAAUUUCAAGCACAUAGUGCUCGCCGACGUGAAGGAAUUGGUGUUUGUCGGUGACCCACUUGCCGGAGUUCGGAGCUCGAGUCCCGAGUCCGUCCACUUAUCGAUGGUGACUCAAUCACCGACAAGCCGCCACGGUAAAAGGGUCAAUUCCGAUCGAGCUCAGUCGCCGUCUGCGCACCCGAAAUCGGUGAGCCCGGCGAUACUAAAAGGCGGAGCCAGAGGAAUUCGAAGAAUAUCUCAGGCAAUGCUGAACGAGAUUGUCCGAUCAACAACAACGGCGCAGAAGAAGAAGAAGAACUCGGUUACAGAGUUCGGGGUCUUCAAUCAACUCGUCGGAAAUGAGUUCUUACUGAAGAACGUGAAGUUGAUCACGUCGUCGGAAUCAAUCCCGGAACUGAGUUCACUCGCCGGGUCGAAUUCGAAAUGGAAACAACCGGGUUCUUCUCCUUCUUCUUCCUCCUCCCAGUCUGUGCCGUCGAGUUUUACUGUUGUAAGACGCGGUAAUAGUAAUUUUGAUGUAAAUUCUACUGUUUUGAAACACAUACUCUGUUCUUCGCCGGUACAAAACUCGGUUUAUAGCAAUUGUUUGUAGCUUAAUAUAGAAAAACAAAAAAGGACAUAAAUUGUUAGGAAAAGGAAAUCAAAUAUUUACAAAUUUUUUUUGUAUCUUCUCUACAUAGUGUAUGUUCACAUGUUGAAUUAAUAAAAUUUUGAAGAUAUCAUAUCGAUAUCAUUUUUUGCAUAGCA